AUGCAAACACAAGUGGCUGUGCAUGACUUCAUGCUGUAUGACAUCACCUGUAUUGUGCUGUCCCUCAAAAGCUGUGAGCAUUUCUCCUGUCCAGAGAGAUCUGUAUCUCCUGCAGUUUAUAUCUUACUGUACGUGUGUUCAGCUGCUGUGGUUCUUCUAACAGUGUGUGGAAAUCUGCUCGUCAUCAUUUCUGUUUUUCACUUCAAGCAGCUUCACACUUCGACCAACAUGCUCGUGCUCUCUCUGGCUUUGUCGGAUUUCCUCGUUGGCACUUUAGUGAUGCCGUCAAUGUUAAUCUGGAUUAUUGAGUCAUGCUGGAUUUUUGGGAGAAUUUUCUGCACAAGCUUUUUGUUGAUUGGUGGUUUUCUCACAAGCUUAUCCAUCUAUAAUGUCGCUCUGAUCGCCGUGGAUCGCUAUUUCGCUCUCUCACACCCCUUUCUCUACACAAAUAUCAUCUGUAAGAGGACUAUGUACACUGUAGUUUUUUCUAACUGGUGUGUGUGUCUGGUGUAUAACACAGCAUUCUGUUAUUUUAAUGGAACCUUCAUGAAUUAUGUCAUGUGUCCUAGAGAGUGUUUUUAUUUCUUGAGGGAUAUUUCAUCUCUAAUAGAUCUUGUAGUAACAUUUAUAUUUCCACUUUCUGUCAUAAUCAUAUUGUACAGUCGGGUUUUUCUGAUCGCUAAGAAACACGCCACUGCUAUCAGAGAGCUUAAUAAUCACACACGACCUCAAACACAGAAAAUCACCUCCCACUCCAUGAAAUCUGAGAGAAAAGCAGCCAAAGUCCUCGGCAUUUUAGUGUCCGUGUUUCUGCUCUGUUUACUUCCGUAUUUUAUUUAUAGUUUAUUAGGUGACGUUAUUGAACUGCAGACAGAAACCCUUAAAAAAUUCUUGCUUGGGUUCUGUCUUAAUUCCUCUAUUAAUCCGGUUAUUUACGCUCUGUUUUAUCCGUGGUUUAGGAGGUGCAUUAAAUUAAUUAUAACUCUGCAGAUAUUCCAAACAGACUCUGCAUUUAACAAUGUGCUUUAA